AUGCAGUCUAAAGUCUGGAUCGUGACGGGUUGUUCCAGUGGGCUUGGUAAAUGUCUAGUCUCGGCCAUUCUGGCACGAGGUGACAAGGUCAUUGCUACAGCUCGACAGCUUAGUACAAUGAAAGAGUUUGAGGGUCAUGAUGACAUCAAGAUACUUUCUCUUGACGUGACGUCGUCCCAGGAUGUCCUCGACACAAAAGUUAAAGAGGCUGUCUCUUUCUUUGGGCGAAUUGACAUCCUGGUAAACAACGCAGGAUACGUCGAGUCUGGGGUAUGGGAAGAACUCAGCCACGAAAACACUCUCAGAGGAUUCGACACCAACUUCUUUGGGGCCAUGAACAUGACCCGAUCUGUCCUCUCAACUAUGCGUUCUCAAAAAUCGGGCACAAUAAUGUUUAUGGGAAGUAUUGCUGCCUGGUAUGGUGCCGCAGCAGGUGGACUGUAUGCCUCCACUAAAUGUUCACUGGAAGGCGCUGCCGAAUCACUGUCUAGGGAAGUGUCUGAACUUGGCAUCAAUGUUCAUGUCUUUGUCAUAGGCCGUUUCAGGACAGGAAUCCUUGGAGAGAAGAGUAAAAACGAAAAGUUGAGCACGCAAGGCGGCAUUGCAGACUAUGCCAACGCCAAGAACUCCCUCGCGCAGAGUCUGGCCGAUUCACAUGGCCGCCAGCCAGGUGAUCCCAUCAGAGCAGCAGAAAAGAUCGUUGACAUCGGGAAGAGGCAGAACCUCACUUCAGGCCAGGCGGCAAAGAUACCAUUGCGCAUUCCACUCGGGGCAGAGGCAGUGGCGGUGAUGAGACAAAAGUCUUUGGAUACUCUUGCACUUCUUGAUACAUGGUCUCAGUUCGGUGGUGAGGCAGAUUUCGAAGAUGCUGAAGCAUUGUCUACUUUUUAUUCAUAG